AUGUCUUCCGUUACUUCAGUCCGGCACUUGUACGCCACACAUGGCCUCUUAUUUAGGGCCCCUCUAGAAGACCUUCAGUGUUCAGAAAUCGGACAGCUCCUCGGCGAUGUACAAGGACGCCAAACUGCUGCAGCCUGGGUUGAGUUCAGGGUCAACUACAUGCUCGAGCAGUGCGACGUCGAGUUCAUGACCAUGGUCUUGUUUAACGAGAACGCAUUCUGGGUCUCGGCUAUUGAAAGAGUCUCCAGAGGAUGGGAAGAGGCCAUCCCUCCACACCACUUCAUCCGUCUGGUCAAGGCCACCCUGACGGCGCGCUACAACUACAUCGCAACCCAUGGCUUUCUCCUCCCAGACGGCGACGUUGCUUGUAGCGCCGACAUUCUACUCUUCAGCUUUCUCCUCUACCAAAACGUCCACCAGACGGUGUUUGAGACACCGAACAUCUCGGUGCUCGACUGGGAUACGGACACCAUCGAGAAUCGCAUUGACUGUAGCCGUCUCCACAAGGCUCGGCGUUGGACUCGGGUACAUGGCUCGCCUCUACGUUGUGAUCUUUCUGACCCUGAGGUGUUUGAUGAGUUGACCGCUUUGAUUCGAACUCGUGGUCCGCCCACGAAGACUCUCCAGUCGCUUCAGGAGGAAUAUGAGACCUGGCGGGGAUGA